UCUACUGGGCGUGUUAUUCCAAUUAUUGACUAUGAUGAGUUCCUUGCUCUCAUUCUUCGCUUUAGGCCUGCAUAUUUGGAUAUGGAAGAACUGCUAGAUCAUAUGGACCAUACGCUAGCCCUUCAUUCUGGAGUGACUGUCGACCAGGAAGGAAAAACUCAGACUAGCAUAGAUUUUCUAACAGUGAAUGGUUUGCAUUUUAAAGCUGUUACUGGAGAACGCGGUCGUUGCCAUUUGAUGGUCUCACCUUCUGCUAUUCCAGUGCCUCCAGUCACCGUAGAUCGAUAUGGGAAUAUGACUUCCGUCGAGAGAGCGUUUGUUCCAAGUUCGCUCUACACUGAACUGUUAGAGAGGAAGAUCAUAGCGAAAGAGGACAGUGAAAAGACUGUUGACAUGCUUGAUGCAAAACUUAACAGUGAAGCAGGUCUUCCUGCUACCCCUACAGAGGAUGACUGUCCGGUCUUCCUGCAACCCCUACAGAGGAUGACUGUCCGGUAUGCACGUAUACCUCGACAGAUCAUGGUAAGUUUCGUUUGUAUGGUGUUUACAUUCUAUAGGGUUGUCAUAAAACUGAGUUACUCUUUAGCUGAUAUGGAUUUUGCACAAACAUGUUUCGACGGUUUGUCGCGGGAGCUGCUGGCAAAGGUGUCGGUUUCAGAAGUUUGUACAGAAAAUACUACUUACAAUCUUUCAUCUAAUCCAAAAGCGUAA